AUGGACGUCAACAGGAGACUUGGGAUAAAGGAUGCUGUGCUUGCGCUUUUACUCGCCGUACUCCAGGGAUUUCCUCUCGGGGAAACUGCCCCGAAUCCUUCACCGUUGGUUGGAUCCAACUGGGGGAACCCGAGGAGAUAUAUCCACCUGCAGACAUCCACAGAGCUCAACAACUUCUACUUGGAGAUCAGAUUGGAUGGCACUGUACGCAGGACUACAGUGAGGAGCUCAUAUAGUGUGAUUUUACUGAAAUCUGAGACCAGAGAGCGCAUUGCCAUCUUUGGCGUCAAAAGUAGUCGUUACUUGUGUAUGGAUCUGGAGGGCAACCCAUUCAGCUCGCCCACUUGCCUCAGGGACGACUGUCUGUUCAACCACAGGAUUCUGGAGAACAACCGGGAUGUGUACUUCUCCAGCCGGACCGGCAUCCUCUUCAACCUGGAGGGCUCCCGGCAGGUGUUCGCGGCGGGGCAGAACCUCCCGCAGACCGCCCUCUUCCUGCCCAAGAUGAACACGGUGCCGCUGGAGCGCCUGCUGCUGCACCGGGAGAAGAGGAACCAGGUGGUGGACCCCUCCGACCCGCACAACGUCUACUUCGUUCAGACCGAGGAGGGCUCGGACUCUCGGGCAGUUCCGGAGGAGGACGCAGAUCUAGAGGUGGAGUUGGAGUUGGAGGUGGAGGUGGAGGUGGAGGUGGAAGUCGGAGAUGAUGGGCGCAACGUGUCCCGGGAGACUCCGCUGGCUCCAUCCACCCAUGACCCCUGGAACGUGCACUCGUCCAACCCGGCCAGCCCUCGCAGCACCGGGAUCAUGGGCUGACUUUUGUGGUGACUGACAUGGAUAUGUUUACCAAGUUAGACCAAGUUGCAAAACAGUAGACUUGACUUGCAGCCCCUUUUUGCACAACAAUUUGAGAUCACAGAAGAACAACAAGUUCAA